CGCCUCCUCUCCGCUUCCGCCGACUCUCGGAGGCUGGCCGGGAAGGUGGCCGUCAUCACCGGCGACGGGAGCGGCAUCGGGAAGGUGACGGAUGCCGAGUUCGUGCGGAACGGCGCCAAGGUCGUGCUCACCGAUAUCCAGGACAACCUCGACCGCGCCGUGGCCGCCGAGCUCGGCGACCCGGACACAGCCUGUUACAGCCGAUGCGAUGUCACCGACGAGGCGCAGGUCGCGGCCGCCGUGGACCUCGCCGUGGUGCGGCACGGCCGGCUCCACGUGAUGUUCAACAACGCCGGGAUCACAGGCGGCAACUACACGGGGACCGCCAUUGAGUCCCUGGACAUGGCCGGCUUCGACCGCGUCAUGGCCGUCAACCUCCGCGGGCUGGCCGCUGGCAUCAAACACACAGCACGCGCCAUGGUCCCACGCGGCGUGGGGUGCAUCCUCUGCCCAUCCAGCACCGCGGGCGCGCUGGGCUGGUCGGGUCCCCACGCGUACAGCGUCUCCAAGACGGCCGUCGUCGGCAUGGUGCGGUCCGCAGCGGCGGAGCUGGCGGCGCGCGACAUGAGGGUGAACGCCAUCUCCCCGUACCCCAUCGCGACGCCCAUGGGGGCGCGCUCUCGGAGGGAGAUGCUGGGGCUUCCGCCCGGGGGCGCGGGCGAUGAGGAGCUGAUCAGGCGGCUGUUCGAUGAGGACAUCAACAAGAUGGGCGGCGGCAUCGUGCUGCGCGCGGAGGACGUUGCGAGGGCGGCGGUGUUCCUGGCGUCCGACGAUGCCACGUACAUCACCGGGCAUAAGCAUAACCUCAUGCUGGACGGCGGGUUCUCCGUUGAUUCUUGUAUGGAAAGAAGAAAGAUAGGAUUGACCUUGCGCACUGAUGGUUGUAUGGACGUCGAUGGCCGUCGCCGGUCAAAGGAGUAUGAUAGCAGACGUUGUGGGGAUGCCGCACUCAGCCCACCAUGAGCUCCGGGUCAAGACGGUGGCGGCCGACGAGCAGAGUUUCUCGUUGAGGAGGUCAUCCUCCUCCCUGUACAUUCUUGGCUUCGCAAGAACCUGACUGGUUUGAUUUAAUUCAGUAGUUCUGGUGGCAUUGGAUUCUCAGAUGCAACAUUUAAUUGACAAUUCUUUACUCCAAUGGAAGAAAAAGAAUGUUAUUACAUAGUGGGGUUCAGUGGUAAAUACUCACAUAUUCUUGAUCCCCAGAUAUGUUUUGCUUCUAUAUGCACUAUUCUUCUAGGUGGUACAUAACAAGAGCAAAUAU